GAUCCAAAUACAUCUCUCUGCGUCUCCUUCUCUCUUAAAAACCACGUCCGUGCCCUUGAAGCGAAGCAACUGAGUAGCGGCAACGUAAGCUUCGCAUCGCUGUCUGCUCUUUUCCUCUUCCUUGUCUGCUUUCCUUUGUCCUUCACACCGACUCAAUCCUUGCUUCACAUACAGUUCACACAAGGGGAGGGCCUCAUAAUGAAAAUCAAGUCAUGAAUAUGAGUCUUCAUCACCACACACAUGAAUGAGGUAGCUAGAUGGAACUGUGUUUCUACAUAGGAUUGUGUUCUGAUGUAAACAUCAUGCUCAACAAAAAGUUUUUGGCUUCGUAUACGUUCUUAUAGCAGACGCUUAAACCAAGAUAUGUGUAUCAGUUUUCAUACAGUACCAGAAGGUUUUAUGGAUCCACCACAAAUGGUGAUAGAAUCAUCAAGAUCAGAUUAAAAAGGCAGAGAAUGAUGCAAGGAAGUGGACACAUAGCAGUGCCUCCGGGGUUCAGAUUCCACCCUACUGAUGAAGAACUUCUUUACUAUUAUCUCAGGAAGAAAGUCUCUUUUGAAGCCAUUGACCUCGAUGUCAUCCGAGAAGUUGAUCUCAACAAACUUGAGCCUUGGGAUCUCAAAGAGAAAUGUAGGAUUGGAUCAGGACCUCAGAACGAGUGGUACUUCUUCAGCCACAAGGACAAGAAGUACCCAACCGGAACACGAACGAACCGGGCGACGACGGCUGGAUUCUGGAAAGCAACGGGGAGGGACAAGGCCAUCUACCUGAGCAAUUCCAAGAGGAUAGGGAUGAGGAAAACCCUAGUGUUCUAUACUGGCCGUGCUCCUCACGGCCAAAAGACUGACUGGAUCAUGCAUGAGUACCGUCUAGACCAAGACGACGCUGAGCUUCAGGAAGAUGGGUGGGUAGUGUGCAGGGUGUUCAAGAAGAAGAACUUUAACAGAGGAUUUCAACAUGAAAUGGAAGAUGAGCAGAUAAUGAGCCACAUGGCAUCAACAAGUACUGCUUCUAGUAAUUGCAUGAAGGUACUUGAACCACUGAAACACCACCACCACCUUCAUCAUCAUCAUCAUCAAGGACUUGUUCUACCUUAUGAUGAUGACCACCAUAAUAAUAAUAAUAAUAGUAACUAUAAUAACAGUAAUUAUAGUAGCUGCUUUAAUGCCUCAAUGCACCUACCACAGCUAUUCAGCCCAGAAUCUGCAGUACCACCCAUUCUUGCAACCUCCUCGUCGUCGUCAACUGCGACGAUGAACCCCUUGGACGUCCUUCACUGCUCUCACAACUUACUCAGGCUGGCUUCAACAACUUCUUCUUCUUCUUCUCCUGGGGGACUCAUUAGUAGUCUCAUGCAACAGCAACAAGGUGAUCAGAGACUCAAUAGUGGAGACUGGUCAUUCUUGGACAAACUCUUAGCUUCACAACAACAGCAACAACACCAGCCAGUGGUUCCUCAUGUGGGGGCUUCUCAUCCUCCUCCUUCUUCAUCCCACAAAUUCCCGUUUCAUUACCUUGCUGGUGAUCAGAGUGACAUCUUGAAGUAAUAAUCUUUCUCCUCCUCCUCCUCCUCCUCCUCCUCCUCUUCUUCUGUCAUGUGUUUUAUGAAUUAAUUACCUCCACCAGUUAAGUUAUAUUCAAGUCCUGUUGAUUAGAUACUUGUCGAAAUUCUACUAUCAAUUAUCCAGUUUGUUAAUUUGAAA